AUGGGCUCUGUCCUGGUGUGCAUGCAGCCGAUCCAGAGCAAGUCGUCUGAAGUGGACAAGGCGAGCGAUCUAGUGGAGGAGCUCUUCAAGUCCAUCAGCGAGGUCAUGGGAAGGAUGAAGGAGCUAGCGCAAAGCCAGGGAGCUGGGGAGGUAGCGCAUCGCAAGACAACAGACGAGGGGGUCGAGGACGAGGCGGAGCAUGCCGUCAUGAAUGAGAGGGUGCCGGGCUCGGAGGGGACGAGGAGGGAGAGGAAGGAGCUCGACACUGUUGAGGCACUUCAGGACAAGCUGGCGGAAGUGACGCAGAGGGAGAGGGAGAGGGUGGAGGACCUUCAAAAGCAGGUGGACACGCUGAGAAAGGAGCUGAGUGACAGCAGGAAGGAGAAGCAGGCAGACGGAGUCUCUCUCACCUCCUCUCAGUCUCAAGUCAUGCAGCUUCGUGCUGCCCUCUCCUGCGCUGAGGAUGACAUCGCGGCUCUACGAGAUGCUCUGGACUCGGAGCUGGAGCACAGCAACAGGCUGCAGAUGAAGUUGCUGGAGCUGGAGACGAAGACGAAGAGGACGAGGAUCGUCAGAGAGCGUCCGAGCACUUGGAACGCGGGCAAGACACACGUCAACAGCCUCUCCCACUCGCUCUCCUCCUCCUCCUCCUUGCGGACAGCCAGCACGGCCUCGGAGAGGACAGCACCAUCUCCUAUUGGGGAGAGGAGGACGGAGGAGGAGGGAGACCGACGGAGGAGGACGUUUCAGCCCGUAGACGAGCUUCGUCCUCUCAAGCCUCAGCGCCCAACGUCUGCACCCAUCCGCUCCCAGCAGCAGCUCAGCAGCAGCCUCGGGAGGAUCUCGGAGAAGCCCCCGGCUCUGAUCAACAUGACCUCCUCCUCCUCCUCCUCCCUCCGCCCCUUCCUCCACUCCCAGCUCGACCCCACCAGCCUCGACUUUCUCCGGACGCAGGUGGUGAUGGGCUACGUGUCUCCCUCCACUCCCCUCCACGUCCGGCUGGAGUUCUGCGGGAAAUCUUCUUUCUCCCUCCGACACAAGGAGGAGACGUACCUGCGCCUCGCGGACAAACUCUCCGAGACUCUCUCCUCCCGCUUCCCAGGCCGCCCCAUCACCCUCCUCAAGAAUGUCGAAAUGGAAGGGCUGACAGUGGAGUCAAGAAGGGAACCAAGGCUGGGCUCCUUUGAGAUCGACUUGCUCUGGCUAGACAAGAACAAGCAGGUUAGGAGGACGCAACUUCACUCGAAGCUUGAGAGCCGAACCUUCCCAAAGAUCGAGAGAAUUAUCGACUACCUAGGUCACGUGCUUGAAGAUCCCAUCAGGCAAGACGAGCUUAUCUAG